AUGCCUUCUCUGAAACAGUCUCCCGGCAAGCGUCCUGUCCGCACUGCUUACUGCCAAAAUGCCCAUCUGCGCCGCCGCUUGCAGGCCGCUGAGUCCCGCGCCUCUGCAGGCUCGAGUUCCCCCCCGUCGACUGCUGCGUGGAUGGAGCAAGGCAUUGCCGACAUUACGGCGCGCAUGAGCGCCGUAGUCACCGACGACUCGGAUGUGGCGAUGACGACGGAUGUCGAUUUUCUGCCCAACCAGCGAGACAAUUCACGAGGUAAUGCCGCAGCAAGCUCUGCGACGUCGCCUAGCCCGCAGCGGAUCCACAAGGACGUCAUGCAGAGCGAGCUGCGCGUUGAGUGCUAUCGCAUCGCUAGUAUAACGACCGGCCGUUCCCCUAAACCUGCUGAACCGGACGGCUUCGUCUCGCCUCCUAGAUUUAAAGCAUUUGUUAACUCAUGGACCGAACACGCUAACAUGGAUGGGUGCUGGGAGGACGUCGAGAUGCCAUAA